AGGGUGCUCAAGUCAUCUGAUUUCGAUUCCAAGAUCAAGAAAUCAGCAUUGCCAUUGACUAAUGAACGCCGACGCAAUCGUUUGAGAUGGGCAAGAGCUCAUAGCAAGUGGACUGUCGAUGACUGGAAAAAGGUUGUCUUUAAUGACGAAACCAAAAUUAACCGUUUGGGUUCGGGAUGGUAAGACUUGGACUUGGGUAAAGAAAGCCUCACAACGUUAAUUUCAUGUACAAAGGAGGUGGCGGUAGCCUAAUGCUAUGGAGUUGUUUCACCCAACAUGGGCCUGGGUUCAUUGCUAAGAUUGAGGGCGGGAUGGACUCGAAGUUAUAUUGUGAAAUCUUGAAAGGCGACUUUAUGGAGACCCUCAAAGAACCUGUUGAAAAUCCUAUCUUUAACAAAAACGACUUUUUGUUCGCUAAGAAUUCUAAAUUCAAUUUUUAGUAUCGCCCUUAUAAGAAAGUAACAGUACAACAACGUCAAAUCAUGCAAGUACCUAUACCUCAUGGAUUACCGCAUAAGUUCUGCUUGACAGAAAAAGAAUGCCGACAUAUAAAAGUUCCGCUCUAUUUUUCAACAUUGACUGUGGAAAGCUGGGUGAAUUGCAAUACACUCACCAAGUUCAUUAUUGAAAACUCGGAAACCCAAGCUCCACGUAAUGCAAACAAGGUUCUCGCGUCUUUCCUUGCAGAUUUGAAGAAUAUCAAAAACAACAAGAAAGCUUAUUUCAAUUUCUUCAAUUAUUGCAAUGACGUUAUUGAAUUCUAUCAAAAAAGUGAGAAAAAGAAAGAAUUCUAUACCGCAUACACAGAACAAUACAAUUUGUUCCAAGAUAAGAAAAAGCAAGUCUACUUGGGAGAAAGGUCAACAAAUUUAUUGACUCAACGUGCACUCUUGCAACAAUUAGACAACUUGGCGCAGGAUAUUGAUGUUCUGGAAAAAAAACAAACAGAUAAGCCUUCCAUCAGUAGACAUCCUGUGUCAAAAGAAGAUAGCACCAAGUCAGUUUUGACACGAAUCGUUGAGGCUGGUGUAGAAUUACAUAACAAAUACGUUGGAGGCGAAGAGUUAACCAGGCAAGAAAUUGACAUAAUUGUUGUAUACGAUCAGAUAAAAGUAUAAAGGAAAAGAAAACAAAAAGGAAAUCAGUGAAGACCAAGUUAUCUUCUUUUAUUAGGUAGAAUAUUCUGAUAUAGAAUUGAAGACAAAAACCAUGUAGG